CCAGGGAGACGGACGCGGCGGCGACAAACGAGGAGGAAACUGACCGCGCGGCACGGCUCGGCACGCCUGAAGAAGUCGGUUUGCUCGCCCCGCACGCGCUCUCUCUUUAGCGGAUAUCCCCCCGACACACACCGGAGGACGGCGGAGAGAGAGAGCGGGGCAACACUAUGGCGACGUUGGGACCGGAGUCGGCUCGUCCUCCUCUUUCCCAGCUCGGUUCUUCCCCGUCGAUCCAGACCCACAUCGGCAGCGCCAACCUGCCGCCCAACCGGGGCUUGGAGCGGGCGCUGGAGGAGGCGGCGGCCAGCGGCGUGCUCAACCUCAGCUCCCGAAAACUGAAGGAGUUUCCCCGGACCGCCGCCAACCACGACCUGACGGACACGGUGGAAGCAGAUCUCUCAAAGAACAGACUGACCGACGUCCCCUCAGAGGUCUGCCACCUGGUCGCCUUGGAGACACUAAACCUGUAUCACAACUGCAUCAGGACCAUCCCAGACAGCAUCAUCGGCCUGCAGUCACUCACCUCCUUAAACCUCAGUCGGAACCAGCUGGGCGCUCUGCCGGCCUGUCUGUGCGGUUUACCUCUGAGAGUCCUCAACGCCAGCAACAACAAGCUGGUCAGUCUGCCGGAGACCAUCGGACAGCUGCACGGCCUCAUGGAGCUGGACAUCAGCUGCAAUGAGAUCACGGCUCUCCCUCGUCACAUCGGCCGACUCAAAGCUCUGCGGGAACUAAACGUACGAAGGAACCUUCUCUGCGUCCUGCCGGAGGACCUGGCCGGCCUUCCUCUGGUGAAGUUUGACUUCUCGUGUAACAAGGUGUCGACCAUCCCGGUGUGUUACAGGAAGAUGAAGCAGCUCCAGUCACUGCAGUUAGAAAACAACCCGCUGCAGAGUCCACCUGCACAGGUACACACAGGGUAUUUGUAUAUAAAAGGCAAAGUUCACAUAUUCAAGUAUCUGAGCAUCGAGGCGUUUUGUCGCAGCGAGAAGAUGCCCGACUCGCUCUACCUGCCUGUCAUCGAGAGACUCAGCCUAUCACGGCCCACCACGGGCAGUGUGGAGGACAUGGAGCAGCAGAAGAAGCAGGACAGCGACUCAGGAGUCGGCAGUGACAACGGAGACAAGAGACUGUCUGCGACCGAGCCGUCAGACGAAGACAGUCUGAGUCUCAACGUCCCGAUGAGCCACAUCACAGAGGAGGAGGGGAUCAGUAAAGACGACUCCAGUGAACACAUCAGCUCCCUCACAGCCGACCCGAACUCCGACUCAGUGCGCCUGAUCGAGGAGAGCCCUACGGAAGCCCUGAAGGACCAGUUCAGCUACAGAGACUCGGCUCUCAGCACGCGCUUCGUCAACUACAUCAAGGGUCGGACAGCAGCAGACUUUGAAGAGCCUCUCAGGAUAGAAGAAGACUCACACUGGCCAGCAGAACAAAUGUCAAAGGUCACGGGGGCCACAGAGCUCCACAUCGACAUGAUCAACCAGCUGAAGGAGGCUGUGGAGCUGCUGCAGGACCCCAGCAGAGUAAACACGGAGCAGGACGAUCUGUCCGGAGUGCAGCUCUACCCCGUGGAGAUGGUCACAGUGGAAGAGUCACUCAAUGGGCAGGACAGCGAUGACGGCGUCACAACACCGAAGCGACACGACAGAUCUCCGGCCGGCGGACCUCCGUCCUUCUCCAGCCCCGUGUUCGGACUGAAGCCCCGAUCAGCCCCGCCCUCGCUGCCCUGCUCGCCCCCUCCUUCCUGUCUCGCCCCCUCCCUCCUCUCACAGGCCUCGCCCCUCCAUAGAGAUUCGCCUCGUAGCCAUGACGACGGAGGCAUGCACAGCCGCGUUUUCCUGCGCAGCCACAAGAGUCUGGAGUCUGUGGAUCCUCAGUUCACCAUGAGGAGGAAGAUGGAGCAGCUGCGAGAGGAGCUGGAGCUCAUGGAGCAGCUGAGAGACAGCAUCGAGAGCCGGCUGAAGGUCGUCCUUCCCGAAGACCUCGGGUCGUCUCUGAUGGACGGCGUCGUGCUCUGCCACCUGGCCAAUCACAUUCGCCCGCGCUCUGUCGGCAGCAUCCACGUCCCCUCGCCUGCAGUGCCCAAACUCAGCAUGGCCAAGUGUCGGAGAAAUGUGGAGAACUUCCUGGACGCCUGCAGAAAGAUCGGCGUCCCGGAGUGUCUCCUCUGUUCGCCGUAUGACAUCAUCCAGUGCCGCCUGCAGCCGGUUUGCGCCACAGUUCAGGCGCUGGUUGCCUUGGAUACGACCUCUGCAGACAGGAAACGGGAAGAGGCGACUCCGAGCCCCGCCUCCUCUGGAGUGUCAGGGACUCCCUCGUUGGUGUCUGUCACCACUCAAACCCCGCCCCCCGCCUGGCAGAUCUGGGACAUUAUUGGCUCGAGCCUGCUUCACAUCCUCUGCCUCGUUCUGCUGUUCUUGGCCUAUAGUUGGAGCGAGCUAACGUAACCGUGACAACCACCUCCUGUCAGUCACCUGCCAGCCCCGCCCUCUUUCUGCCCCGCCCUUUUUCUUCACGCUACUAUACCUUUUUCUUUUUUUUAGCUACAUUAACGUCACAUGGGAAAAGCUUACGAUAAAAAAAACGACUUAAUCUACAAGCAUUUCUGCCAGCUCAUCAAUUUUUACUGCACCAAGAAAUGUGAGCGUUAAAGAGCAACUA